GCUAGUGGGAGGGUAGAGAUAUUUGUUUGGGUAAUAAGCUUAGUGAGAAAACACUGGGUGAAGAAAUUGUCUGUACAUCUUAUCCUCUAUGUUGUUAAAAACAGCAUGGGAGCAGCCGAGUAAUCACCGCCUCAAGUAGCGGGGGAAAUAUCAUCAAAUGUUAAUAGAUCGCUCAUUCUCUUCCUUUAACUAGCAGAGGAAUUUAUUUUAGCAUGGUGUACUUCUGCUGAACAGAGAAAAUAAAAACAUCUCCAGUGUUUCUUGUAAGCCAAUAAUAUUUUGUUAUUUGAAUGUGUUCACAGCUCGCUGGAUACACACAUGGGCAGAUUUAAUCAGCAGCAGAUAUCAGAUUUUGAUGGCUAUUUAACAAAGAAAUGAAGUGACAGCGUUAGCUGUGAUAUUGUGGGAUUUUGAGCUGUUGAAGGCUACAGGCCAGUCAUUUCAUUGAUAGUGCAGAGUCAAUGUUCAAUUGAGUGUGCUUGGCUCAUGAAAUAACAAAAUUGUUACUCAUAUAUUUAUCAAUUUGCAGACUUAGACAUUUCAACUUUGGAAAGUGUCAUUAGAUCUCCAGCUCAUGGGAGUAAACCUCUACAGACGAUAAGGAUAUUUUAUACCAGUAAAUAUCUCUUUUGUUGAAGUGAUUGGUUUAAACAUCUAGAGGACUCAGGUAUAAAAGAAAAUGAUAUCUGCAAUUUGCUUUCAAGUUGAUCACAAAACACACCAAUGGAAAACUGAAGAGUGAACCUUUGAAUGUAGCUUCCCUGGGACCUGAGAUGUAGACGCACUGAAGAGGCAACAUGGAAGUCAAUCAAAGAAAACUGAUUGGAAACAAUAUACCAGAAGCUUCUACCUCAAUUUAAAAUAGCAGACAGUGUUAAAAUUAGGAAGCAACUGACAUUUUUAUGAUGUGAAAUACAAAUGUUGCUCCUAAAAGGGUUCUCUAUGACAAAUCCAUGACAAACUGUUAUAAAGGAUGUAAGAUUUAGAACAAGUGUCAAACAGUUCCAGCAUCAUGAAUGAAAUGGAAAGACAUAUUCAACAAACCAAUGACCGCCUCAGCUGUAUUAAACAGCACUUGGGGUCCCCCGGAGCAUUUCAGAAUGCUGCUCGUGAGCUUCUAGACUGGUGCUCUGACCUCCGAGCCUUUCAGCGGCCUUUUGAAGGAAGUCUUAUGCAGUGUCUCACCAUUGUGAGUCAAGUUGCCCCGCAACCUGGAUAUGACCUUGACCUGGGAUACAGAUUACUUGCAGUUUGUGCAGCACAUAGAGACAAGUUUUCAACCAAGUCUGCAGGUUAG